UGGUUGCCAACCGCCAUAAAAGCCUAAAGAAGAAGAAGAACACCGUGCACUGCUGUGCAAACAGUGACAUAAUUAUUAGACCAGUAUAAGCUUUGGUCCUUCAUGCGCUGUACGCUUUGUUCGUCCAGUAGGGCUGUUCAGUUACAGGUAUUGGGGAACCGAUAGAGUCGAUUCCAGAAUUAGACGCUACAUAUUUUAAAGGCUGUAUGUCACUGAUGAUUAAUAUUUUGGUCCAUGUCGGAACCUUAAUUUGAAAGUCUAAAUUUGAACUUUGAUAAUGAACAGUUGCUGAUUAAGCUGAAUUAACUUAGCUGGUUAACGGGAUACCUUAGCAUAGUGAUUGUUUCAUGUUUUCGAUUAUUGAGAUGUAAAGAAUCGGAAUAAUUUGAAAUAGUCUGUGUACGAAUUUAAGCCGAAUCAGUGCAGAAUCGAUUCCUUGUGGUCGACUCUCUAUUUCCAAAGCCUGGAGUCUGAGAAUCGGCUAAUUUCAAACCGAUUCUCGGGCUUACUGUUGUUGCGUUGUUUGUUUAUGCUAGCAUGAAUUGUUAACAAAUGUGAAUAUUUAAAGCAGAUUCAAUAUGAACACAACUUUAAAGCACUGGAAAGAGGCGGCUACUGUGAUCUUGACUGCUGGAACAAAGUACAAGCGAAGUGUUGAGUCUCUUUUGAGAGAAACGCCUGCGUUUGGUUCAGGUUUAACAAAUCAACAACCAAAACCAGCUUUCGACUAUCAAGUGCUGCUGCUCAAACGGAGCGGAAAAAGUGUCUUUAUGCCCAACGCUUAUGUAUUCCCAGGUGGAUUAGUGGAUCCGUCCGACUUCUCCAGUGAGUGGCUGGAGGUUUUUAAAGCUUUCAGACACCUGCCGAAGUUUGGCAUAGCGACGGUGAAGCAGCCGCAAGAAACGAGACCGCCGAUAUUUGCGACUGACCGGAAACAGUUCGGGUCUCCCAUCCCGGGGGAUGUGGCUUUCAGAAUCUGUGCCGUAAGAGAGACAUUUGAGGAAUCAGGGGUGCUUUUGGCGGUGCCCAGUGAGGAGGCAAACACCCUGAACACAGAUGAUCAGGCUGAGAAUGACAGGCCGGGGCUGACAGCACUGUCCGAUCAGUGGGACAAAAGUCUGAUUGCUAAAUGGAGAUCACUGGUCCUCGAGAACUCGUCGAAUUUUAUCCGGAUGUGCAGAGAGCUCGAAUGUUUGCCAAACAUAUGGGCUCUGUACGAGUGGGGGAACUGGAUCACUCCUAUUGGCUUGUCCGGACCACAGAGAAGGUACGACACUGCCUUCUACAUGUGCUGCUUAGAGGACACCCCGGACACACUGCAAGACCAGAAGGAGAUCGAGCAUUACAAGUGGUCUACGCCACCUGAAAUACUUCACAGCUACCGGGAAAGAGAACUUUGGAUUCCACCACCUCAGUUAUAUGAUAUUGGACGAAUGUGCAAUUUUCCUUUACUAAGUGACCUUCAGGACUUUGCUAGACAGAGAUCGAUAGAAGGCUGUGAGCAGUGUCAUGCUGUUAUCUUGAAGGCUACUGACUGCAACAUACAUCUCUUACCAGGUGACAGUCUGUACCCAGAGAAACCUGAUAGCAGUAUGUCUACAGAGAAGUGUUUGGAAGAGCUGCAGAAGGACAGCCCAAAUCUGCAUCGCAUUGUGACACACGAUCCUUACCAGUGCACGGUCUAUAUUAACAUCACGCCUAAAUACAAGCAUCUACCUCCUCUUAUUGCCUCUAGGUCCAAGCAUAACAGCAAGCUCUAACACUGCAUUUAUGGCAGUGUUAAAGGUACACUUAACCUAAUAUAGAUAGGUAAAAAUGUAAUAACAUGGUUUAAUAUUGUAAAAUGAAUCUGACGUAAAAGUGAAUUGAUUCUGGAAACUACAUCUGGAUGUGAUGUUCAGUCAUUGACCCAAUAUGGUUAAAUAAAAUUAACCUAACAUA